AUGGGCCAACAUAAUCUCGUCGUGGUUUCAUCGCCAGACCUUGCAAAGGACGUUCUGCACACACAGGGAGUUGAGUUUGGUUCACGCACAAGGAACGUCGUUUUCGACAUUUUCACCGUGUUGUUGAGGUCUUCUGAAGUACCGUCAACAAAAUCAUCUGAAGAAAUGGAAACUAGGAUACAGGAUGUCUUUCCCAGAUUUGGCAGUUAUCGUACCUCCAGUGAUGCUUCUCUUUUCUCAAGCUCAUUGCCCGUUCUUCCCCAUGAGAUGUUGAACCGGAGUGACCCAGAACAUGUUCCUUCGAUCGAGGGCGCCUCAUCCGGCUUGAACAAACUUCAUCCUGAAGUUGAGUACAUUGACUUGCUUAAGGACAUUGAAAAUUAUGCAAUUGGAAGCUUGCUCCCUGACGAUGAGGAUGAACUUCUAGCUGGGAUAAUGGACACCUUUGACCUUGGUGGGUUGCCUAAUCACAUGGACAACUCCGAAGAAUAUGAGUUUUUUGGCAGUGGAGGAGGUUUGGAAUUGGAAUCCGAUCCACAGGAAAGCCUGGGUGUGGGUUUCUCAAAAGCAAGUCUAUCUGAUGGUGUUGUUGGCAAUGGAGUGGUUCAUUACGGUCUUCCAAACGGCAUGGGAACUGUUGCUGGAGAACAUCCUCUUGGAGAACAUCCUUCCCGGACAUUAUUUGUCCGAAACAUCAACAGUAAUAUUGAGGAUUCAGAGCUUAGAUCUCUCUUUGAGCAACAUGGUGAUAUCCGAACUUUGUACACAGCAUGUAAACAUAGGGGGUUUGUGAUGAUAUCUUAUUAUGAUAUUCGAGCUGCUCAAACUGCUAUGCGAGCAUUGCAGAAUAAGCCACUCAGAAGGAGAAAACUGGACAUUCACUUCUCAAUUCCUAAGGAAACCCCAUCAGACAAGGAUAUUAAUCAAGGAACUCUUGUAGUGUUCAAUUUGGAUCCAUCAGUUUCUACUGACGACCUCCGCCAAAUUUUUGGUGCUUAUGGCGAGGUCAAAGAGAUAAGGGAAACACCGCACAAGAGGCAUCAUAAGUUUAUUGAGUUUUACGACGUAAGAUGUGCCGAAGCAGCACUUAGAUCCUUAAAUAGAAGUGAAAUAGCUGGGAAACGAAUAAAGCUAGAGCCUAGCCGCCCAGGGGGUGCACGGAGAAGUCUGAUGUUACAGCCAAAUCAAGAUCUUGAACAAGACGAGUCUCGAAGUUUACACCACCAAGUUGGCUCACCAAUUAGGAAUUCUCCCCCUGGUGAUUGGCCACUGUUUGGCAGCCCAAUGGAACAUAGCUCAAUGAGUCCACCAGUAGGAAAGAGUUUUCCUGGAUUGGCUGCAAUUUCACAACUGCCGAAUUCUGCGAAGUUGGCAUCCGUUGGCAAUGAUUAUUCGAGGGGUAGUCGUUUGGAACAUUUAUUGACAAAUAGAUAUUCAAGCCAAAGAGGCGUAUUUGAACAGUCCCAUUCACUUCCUGAGCAAAAAUCAGGUCUUUAUUCUGGAAACAUGCCCUCUUUUGUCUCUUCCAGUUCAAAUAGACCACAUGUUGAGACAUUGUCUGGGCCACAAUUUCUUUGGGGAAGUCCUAAGCCAUGCACCGACCAGUCUAAUUCCUCUGCUUGGAAAGUGCAACCUGUUAGACAUCAUUUUACGUCCAAUGGCCACCAACGCCUUUCAUACACUGAUGAGCAUAAAAUUUUAAACUAUUCAUCUCAAAAUUGCCCUAAUAAUCAUAAUGUUGGAUCUGCUCCAUCUGGCAUCCCCUUUGAACAACACUCAGGGUUUUACCAGGAGUCACCGGAGGCAUCAUUUAUAACUCGUAAUGAAUGGAAUUUCAGGGUAAAUAUGGAUGCUCGCGGUGCUAUGAAUGCUGGUUCCGUUUCUGGGAACAGAUUGGAAGCUGGUUCUUCUGGUUUUGGCAUGAUGUCUUCUCCUAGACUCAGUCCCAUGUUCCUGGAUAAUGGUAAUUUUCCUGGAUUGGCAGCCAUAGACUUGGAGGUUCCAGCUGAACGUGGGAGGUCCGGCCUUGUCGUGAACAAUGGGAACCAAAUAGAUAACUGGAAUCAAUUUCAACUUGAUUUGGAUAAGAUUAGAAGUGGUGAAGAUACUCGAACAACUCUGAUGAUAAAAAAUAUCCCGAACAAAUAUACUGCCAAGAUGUUGCUAGCUACUAUUGACGAGCAUCAUAAGAAUACUUAUGAUUUUCUCUAUCUGCCCAUUGAUUUUAAGAACAAAUGCAAUGUCGGCUAUGCAUUCAUCAACAUGUUGUCUCCGUCACAAAUUAUCUCAUUUUACGAGGCUUUUAACGGGAAGAAAUGGGAGAAGUUCAACAGCGAGAAAGUUGCUUGUUUAGCAUAUGCUCGGAUCCAGGGAACUGCAGCCCUCGUCGCUCACUUCCAAAAUUCUAGUUUGAUGAAUGAAGAUAAGCGUUGCAGGCCCAUUCUCUUUCAUUUGGAGAGCUCAGAAUCUGGCAGUCAGCGGAUGAUCCAGGGACAUAUUUCUUCCAAUAAUUUGAACAUGCAAGUCUGUCAAUCGAAGGAAACGGACACCACAAAUUUACCCGGAAGCAUGAACAAGGGUUUCUUGGGCGGUGAGGUGGAGAAGCAAUAG